AUGGAAAUAGUCCGCAGAAAAGGGGAUAACAAUGGUGCACUGUGCAGUGACUCCAACGUGGAGCUGAGCCAGUACCGGGACCCACCCUUCCGGGGUGACAAUGAAGAACAGGAAAAAUUACUAAAGAAGAGAUGUAGGUUCGAUGCGAGAAAACUUCCCGUUUACACCACUGAAGGACACAUCUAUGAAUUCUUCAGCAAAAGUGGCAGCAUAAAGAAAAUCGUGAUGGGCCCGGAUAAGAUGAAGAGAACAGCAUGUGGGUUCUGCUUUGUGGAGGCCCAUUCAAGAGCAGGUGCAGAAAAUGCUGUGGGGUACAGACAUGGAACUCAUCUGGGUGACCGGAUCAUUCACACAGACUGGGACCCAGGCUUUAAGGAGGACAAGCGGUAUGGCCGUGGGCAAUCUGGGGACCAAGUAGGAGAUGAGUAUCAGCAGGACAAUGAUGCAGGGGGCGGGGGGGUGUGGAGGCUUUGGAAAACUGGCCCCAAACCAGUGAGUGGCGAGAGCCCCAUCAUGAAAACUCACUCCUGCGGCCUGUUGAAUUUGCCGGGCAUUACCCAGAUCGAGGUUUCUGUCUUCAUCUCCCAUGUGAAUGACUGGAAGCAGCUUUCCAACUGUCUCCCCAUUUGCACGCUUGCCUGCCCCCCCAAAGCCAGUGCCAACCUGAUUCUGUCCCCGGCCGAAGCCCUUCAGUGGCUCCUCAGAAUUCUUAGGCUGAAACCUCCUCUGGAGGAGUGUACGCUCUCCAUGGCCGUGGCCGUGGCCGAGUGA